AAACUACUGCGCAUGCGCAUGAUGUAGGAAGUGCAGGUCAAAUGUUUAUGUUUGUGUUCGGGUGAAAUGCGACUAAAGCGCUAAUACGCAGGAUUCUAUCAUUACAAUACAUGCACAGUGUCAGUGACCUUGAAGGAAUCAGCACAGAGUUGACGGAAUGGGAAACACAAGCAGCGAGAGGGCCGCAAUGGGCCACGGGGAGAAGGCCCUGCGGCGGGACAGCAGGGGCACAAAGGAUGGCGAGAGGCCCAAAAUCCUGAUGGACAGCCCAGAGGACGCAGAUAUUUUCCAUGGGGAAGACAUGAAAGCUCCCUUAGAGAAAGAAGAGUUCCUUGCAUGGCAAGACUUAGAAGCGGAAGACAAAGGGCCAACUUUAAACCGUCCAACUGUCUUUCGCUGGACUGGUGAUGGCAAGGAGGUCUACCUGUCUGGAUCCUUCAACAACUGGGCUAAUAAGAUUCCUCUGAUUAGAAGUCAGAACACCUUUGUGACCAUUGUGGGACUCCCUGAAGGGGAACACCAGUACAAGUUUUACGUGGACGGCCAGUGGACUCAUGACCCAGCUGAGCCUGUUGUAACCAGUCAGCUGGGCACAGUCAAUAAUAUCAUCCAGGUGAAGAAAACUGACUUUGAGGUGUUUGACGCUCUCAUGGUGGACUCGCAGAAAUGCUCCGACAUGUCAGACCUGUCCAGCUCUCCACCCGGGCCGUAUCACCAGGAUGCUUACGUUCCAAAACAAGAGGAAAAGUUUAAGUCUCCACCUAUACUUCCACCACACCUGCUCCAGGUCAUCCUCAAUAAAGAUACUGGAAUAUCUUGUGACCCUGCACUCCUGCCAGAGCCCAACCAUGUCAUGCUCAACCAUCUCUACGCUCUUUCCAUUAAGGAUGGAGUAAUGGUACUCAGCGCCACACAUCGCUACAAGAAGAAGUAUGUCACCACUUUACUAUAUAAACCCAUCUGACCAAAGACCACGCCCGGUGCAUUGACAAAUUGGCUCAAGCAAUACCAGUCAUCACCACCUUUAAUUGACUAUACAAUCCAUUUGUUAGUUAACUCAUUUGAAUGGCCUUCCUCGGUGGAGUGAGUUAGACACAAGCUAACAAAAAAUAUGUCAAAUAAUUCAUUCAGCAAGUACUGUAGUAAAAUAUUGUGGAUGAGACAUGCAAGAACACUCGUUAAAACAUGAUUCGGAAAAGAUCUCCAUGAGAUAAAAAUGGUCACGUGAUCAUGCAUCAACCUUUUACAAUUUGUGGGCAAAGUCACCACUCGUAUCACUAUUUCACAAAUGAUUAUUGUUGAAAGCACUUAGGUAUUAAGUACUUGUAUUUGUCUGUUUAGGCUGAUCACUCAUCGGCCUCUCUUAUAUAGAGAUCCCACAAAAUAGCCCAUCAGAGCCGUAACAUACUGUAUAUACUCUAGUAAGCUGCAGCUAACUCAGCAAAUAAUUUGAUGUUUGCACUCAUGAGAUGUAUAAAAUACAGAUAGCGUAUUUUUCCAGACUAUAAGUCGCACUGUUUUCAUAGUGUGGCUGGUCCUGCGACAAAGUCCAAAUAUAUAUGUAUAUAUAAUUUAACAUGUGCCAACUUGAAGUUCAAGUGGGGUGUGUGUUUUUUUAUUUUUUUGGCAACACCUAGUGGCCGCGAUAAUUGAUUUAGAUGCGCUCGUGUUGCAGUCAGACUCCGCCCCAGCAGCCCAUGUGAUCACAACAACAGCAUGUGCUAACGUCUUAAGCGUCGAGUAAGAGUGAUGACGGCCAUGUGUAUUUUUUGGUAAAGCCCAAAAAAGACGUUGCAGCUGAGAGCAACACUUGUCACGCACAAGUUUCCUGUGGGGGCACAGCACUGGAGAAGUUUAGUACGACCGAACUCAUCGAGCAUUUGAAGCAGCCUUAAUAUGGGAUGACAAGAAAUAAUUAGCUAUAAGAGGAAAGAUGACCAGCACCGCGGGCCUUGCUAUAUUAUGCCUAUCCGCCACUACGUUGUGAAUAAAACUAUACACUACAUGCUUUAAUAAAUAAAUGGGUCUGUUUUUCGCGUAUCAACUGUUGCUGAUUAUUGUUCUCUGUUUGAGUUUGACCUUUUCAUUCCACACUACAAAAUAAGCAAUUAAACAUAUGUCUGAUCUGUGCUGAUAUGGGUACCGAAGCUGCAAUAUCGGUCUUGGAUUGGAAGUGAAAAAGUUGUAUCGGGACACCCGUACUUAUUUCAGCUACAGUCCAUCAUAAAUACCGAUAAAUGCGACUUAUAGAUGUUUUUUUCCCUCUUCAUGAUGCGUUUUUAUGACUGAUGCGACUUGUACUCCAGAGCGACUUAUAGUCCGGAAAAUACGGUAGUUGGUGUGGAGUAUGAAACCUCACACCCCUGCAUUCUCUUUUACACAUAGUACUACCUAAAAAGGAAAUAUAAAGGGGCUAGUAACCCCAUAAUUUACUUUUCUUUGCAAUCUUACCUGCUUCGUAACCAUAUGAGACAUUCAAGACUGAUGGCAACUCAGAGAGGUAAACACAUUAUGGCUGAUGAGUGAGAAUAAUUGUGAGAGUAAUUUGACUGUCAGCCGUCCUGACAACCUAAUAUUUUUAGAAGCCUUAGUAAGUUCACUGAAUAAGUAAAGCAGAGUGCAUAUAGCAACAUGUCUACACACCAGUUUGUGUCUCUGUGGGCACCAACAUGUGUGACGUUAGAUUACUGCUUUUCGGUGCACAGGAGGUAGGGAUUGGCGCCUGUAGUUGGAGACAUUUCUUACGCCCCAGUUUUGUGGAAUGCAGCAAUUGAGAGGGCACAACAGUGACGGUUCGGCGUGGUAGUGUUAAAUCUGCAUAUUAGAAAUGAAGCUGGACACAGUGUUUUCAGAUAUCUUUUGAAAACGACUUCCGUCUCCAUUAUCAUGAUAAUGUCAGAAAAAGAAAGUGUCGUUAAAGCAAGAGAGAUAUUGCACUGCAGUAGCCCUCCACUGUUGUUAUUCCUUUGCAUUUUUAGCGUGUGUUUAGUGAGAAUGGCACAACACUCAUUAUGAAGCAUAACACGUUAUAUUUGAUUUACUGUAGGUUGGUUAUGUGAUAAGUUUCACUUUCUUAUUUUUAGAGACACACUUUAGGACUGGUAUUUGUAUUAUUUUGCACGACAAUGAUCAAUAUGAAUGUAGAACGUGCGCACAGUAAAGUCACGGGAACUUGUUAGGAUUUUGGAGAAAAUGUACAGUAGAAAAAUAUAUAUUUUGGAGGUUGUGUGCUGCAGCAGAACUUUCCCUCCGAAAUCUUUGAAAACAUUUCAUCCUGUGGCAUACGGAGACACAAAGUUUCACGGGAUUCGUCGUCAUUACACUGAUAUAUCAUUGCACAAUAAGAGUAAUAAUGACAUCACACUUUUUCUUGGUAACAGUACAAACACAUUCCAGGAUUUUGAAAGGAGCUCUACAGAGCAACAAAUAAGCUGCUAUACUAUCCAGUAUGCUUGAUGAAUGCUUCUGGAGAAAUAAAUAAAAAUGACGUUUAAUUAUUAAUGAAUAUACUUACAGACAUUUCCAUGUAUGAAGGGGCACAAGUUACCCAGUCAGUAUUAAUAACUCCUUAUUUCAUGAGUUUUAUUGAAUUUUAGUCAUUGUUAUAUGCCACUCUUUGAUAUUAUUAUUGCUGUUAUUUAUUAAUAUAUUUCUGUUGUAUUCCACAGGCCACUAAGCAAAUGAUUUAUGAGAAAGUAAGACAUUCAAACUGUUGCAUACCCUUUGAACUAUGCUGCCAUUGUCACUCCUUUUAUUAAAGAUCACCUUCUGAAA